AUGGAGGGGAGGAACCAUAUAUAUGUCUGGAGUGUGGGAAAAGCUUCAGAUGGAAUUGUCAUCUUACAUCACACCAGAGAUUUCACACAGGGAAGGAAACAGCAUUGCCUGGAGUGUGGAAAAAGCCUCAGUGCUUGUAGAAGCCUCGCUAUUCAUCAAAGGAUUCACAAAGGGGAGAAACCAUAUAAAUGUCUGGAGUGUGAGAAAAACUUCAGUCGCCAUGACAGCCUUAUUUCCCAUCAAAGAAUUCACAGAAGAGAGGAACCAUAUAAAUGUCUGGAGUGGGAUCCCGCCUGCAAAGGCUGCGCAGCCGCCGUGGGGCCGCCUGCAGCCGUGGCGGGGGCGCCGGGGGCCGGCAGGCCGGGGGUGGGCGUGGGCGUGGUGGUGACGAGCGGCGCCCACCCGGGCUGCGUGCUGCUGGGGCGGAGGAGGGGCGCGGUGGGCGGCGGCCUCUUCCAGCUCCCCGGAGGCCACCUGGAGUUCAGCGAGAGCCUGGCAGAAUGCGCAGAAAGAGAAACCUUGGAGGAAACCGCUCUGCACCUAAGAAACGUUCGCUUUGCUUCAGCUGUAAAUGCUGUUAGUGUGAAAGAGAACUACCACUAUGUCACUAUCCUAAUGAAAGGGGAGGUGGACUUCAGUUAUGAAUCAGAACCGAAAAACAUAGAACCUGAUAAGAACGAAAGUUGGAAAUGGGUGAAAUGGGAAGAGUUCCCCUCAGCAGAUCAACUGUUUUGGGCUUUACGCAGCUUAAAGGAACAAGGUUACAAUCCUUUCACAGAAGACUUAAGUCACCUGGUGGGCUACACUGGAAAUCACCUUUUCAUGACAAAGGAGACGUCACUAUAGCGUGUAUGAAUCACACAGAGAACUAUUUUAUAUAAUAAAGAGCUCUAGUUCA